UCUGAGCCGGCUGCACUGCUCCGAUCAGACCGAGUGUGUGUACAGCAGAGAGCGAGAGCGGUAGAGAGACAUACACAGUAACUGAGCGACUGACUGAGGGGAAGGACAGACACUGACCUGGGACCAGAGUCUUUUCUUUUUCCUGUUUUAAAAUUUGAAGCAGGGAGAGACAGACAGAGACAGACAGACAGACAGAGAUAGACAGAGACAGACAGAGACAGACAGGUAAAUCAGGUGAGCCAGCACUUCUCUGAUGAUGGACGACUACACUCUUCCCUUCUGGAUUUACCUGGGCGUUCUGACCGUGUUUGUUGGUGGAGCCAUGAAAAAGAUUUUGGCGUCCCACCUGAGCGCUGCUCCCACACUGGUGGCCUGGCUGGGGGCCACUGUGCUGGUGGAGCGGCUGUGGGCGUUCUGCCUGCCGGCUGUGCUGCUGCUCGGGCUGCUUGGCUUCGCCUGCUGCCUCUACUCUGCAACCAGAACCGGCCCGCCGCCCGCCGCUCUGCCUGCCCACGGCAAGGCUGUCCUCAUCACAGGCUGUGACUCUGGUUUCGGGAAAGCGACGGCGAAGCGUCUGGAUGCUCUGGGUUUUGAGGUGUUUGCCACGGUGCUGGAUCUGUCAGGAGACGGUGCCAGAGAGCUGCAGAGGACCUGCUCCCCCAACCUCACCCUCCUCCAGGUGGACAUCACCCAGCCACAGCAAGUCCAACAGGCCCUGCUGGACACCAAGGCCAAGCUGGGCCUCAAAGGUUUGUGGGGUUUGGUAAACAACGCCGGAGUGUGUGUGAACUUCGGAGACGCUGAGCUGUCGCUGAUGUCCAACUUCCGUGGCUGCAUGGAGGUCAACUUCUUCGGCACUCUGACUGUCACCAAGAGCUUCCUGCCGCUGCUGCGACAGGCCAAAGGACGCAUCGUCACCAUCUCCAGCCCCGCCGGUGACCAGCCGUUUCCUUGUCUGGCAGCGUACGGAGCAUCUAAAGCAGCUCUCAACCUCUUCAUCAACACUCUACGACAUGAGCUGGAGCCCUGGGGAGUCCAGGUCUCCACCAUCCUGCCGUCCUCAUACAAGACAGGUCAGUCCAGUAACCAUGCCUACUGGGAGCAGCAGCACAAACAGCUGCUGCAGAGUCUGUCUCCCGGGCUGCUUGAGGAGUACGGCGAGGACUACGUGACCGAGACCAAGGAGCUGUUCCAGAGUCACGCAAGGCAGGCCAACCCCGACCUCAGCCCUGUCGUUGACACCAUCGUCCAGGCGCUACUGUCGCCGCAGCCGCAGGUGCGCUACUUUGCCGGGCCCGGGGUGGGCCUCAUGUACUUCAUCAACAGCUACUGUCCCUUCAGCAUCAGCCAGCGCUUCCUCCAGAAACUGUUUGUGAAGAAGAAGCUGAUGCCACGCGCUCUGAGGAAGCAGUCGAGCUUUGACCUGAACCUCAGCCUCCACAACAAUAACAAUAACAACAACAACAACAAUGAGGAGAAACUCAAAAAGCUGUGAGACAGUAGAAACAUCCUGGUAUUAUCCUGCAGCGGUAGAGGACCACGUCUAUAAACAUGCUCAUAGAGCUGAAACCUGUCGUUUUCUAUGUUGUGUUUUUUAACUGUUGAAGGGAUCAUAGUGAUGCACCAAAAUGGUUUCUGUUUGCUUCUGUGUUGUCUGACCCUGUGACACCCCCCAGUGGACGGCAUGGACACACCUGGAGGUUGGCGGACAGGGUCUGGUACAGGUAGGGAUUCAGCCACAGGUCAGUCAGAGAACACUUUCCUUAUGUCAGCGAGAUCAGCUGUACUGUACACACACCGAAACAGUCACACCGACUUCACGUGCCUUCAUCACACAGAUGAGAUCAUCGAUGAACCAGCGGACAGAAUCCAGCAGCUCGUUUUUAACACAAGCAAACAGUGUGCACAUCAGUGGCUGCGGGAACACGACGCCGCUCAGUCACUUCUCACCCAGCAUCUUCUCUGCUGAGUUGCUGAGACACAGAGACGUCGUCCAUCAGUUUUAUGUCAGACCCCAAAGAGCCGCAGUCAGCUGAAAUGCGCUGACCCACCUCCGGCCGCUGGCUCCGGCCCAACCCCGACCCCGGUGCUGCUGCUAAGCAGAGCUGACUUUCAGCCAAAAUUCACGCACAAAAUGAGCCGAAUCUGGUGGUUGUAUCAGGCCAGAGCCGCAAUCAGCCCGACUCCGCUGGAUCCCUGAGACGGUUUCAAACAAAACCACAGUUUAAGUCAAUUAUCUCAGAUCACUGAUUCGGAAGCAGUGAACAUUAAAGGUGUUAGACAAACUGUGGGGUGUAGAUGUUCACCAGCUCCACUGAUGCUGCCGUUCUACUGGAACAACAUGGUUUCUGUGUAAAUGAUAGAAACAACAUGUUUCCUUCAGUCUGUUUAAGAUAAGUGAGGAAAACUGUGGCUUUGCUUCUGAUUGGUGCUAUCGGAUGAUGUCCCCGUGUCCUCAGAUCUCAGCAAAGUCAAAUUAUGACCAAAACAAAAUAAGCAUUUUUUCAAAAAACAAAAACAAACAAAAUUUUCAUCGAAAGACGUCAAUGCAACCGUGAGAGAGAACAACCAGCGUCAUUUACUUUUAAAAGAAGAGGUUUGAUUGGCUCUUGCACUAAAACAAAAAGGGUCUGAGGUAGAAAACAUGAUGUAGAGAUGUUUAGCAUCUGUUACCAUGGAGAUCAAUCAGAUCAAUCGAUGAUUCAAUUCAAUCAGGAUUAAGUCAAGAUUAAAGAUCUUCUGCGUGAUCAGCAGCGUGGAGCGUUUUUGACUCUGCAGUAAAGAUGGAGCUUAUUUCUGUUUCUGACAAUUUAUAGAUAAUUUUGAUGAUGAAAAAUGAUGUGGUGCAGUGAUUAGCACUGAUGCCUCAGUGAGCGGGCGCUUACCAGCCUCCAGGUUCUCCGGCUUCCUCCCACAGCCACAGAGCGUGAAUGGUGGUUUAUCUCUCAGCCUGUGACACCUGUCCAGGUGUACCUGCCUGUGGCUCAGUGUUGAAACAAGCUGCUGUGGUGACGCCUCCACCCAUCACACAUUUCUACAUCUCUGAAUGUAUGAGACAUUUAGAGUCUGUGGACAACAGAGUCACACGUUCUGAGUCCAAGUGUUUGUUUCCUGCAUCAUGUUUUUCUAUCUUAUCUUAUCUUAUCUUAUCUUAUCUUAUCAGAGGAAGCAGAGACCGAAUCCUUUCAAAAUAAAAGUUUGACAUGUCUUAGUUUUAUACUUAAAGAACCAAAAUAUAUUUACAUUAACAUUAUUAUUAGAUUUUCCGGGAGAUUCAUCAGAAUUCCAAAUACUGAUGAACCUACAUUUUCAUUUUAUUGCCCUGUUACCAGGCAGCAGGGCGACACAUACAGCACAGACAUUAAUAAUGUGUUUGCAUGUUUUCAUGUAACUUUAGGUACAAUUAUUUUGGAAUAAUAAACAACAAACAGAAAAGGUGAGAGAAACAGGUUCAGCAGUGAAGCCAGUUAGACAGUGAACUCCUGUCUGAUAAGUCUCGUCCUUAAACUGAUGAAAAAUGUCUGAUAAAACGUUGACUUACAGUCAGUGGACAGGAUUAAGUCAGGAUGCUGCUUAAUGAGCAGUGUCACGAUGUGAUCUAAAAAUAUUGUGUAUGACGUCUUGGCUCCUGACGUGGUAACAGCUGUUUCUCCCUCAGACACUAAACGUUUCUGUGUCUGGAUGAAAUCAAAUCCAUUUGUUCUGUUGUGAAACAAACACAGACCUGAUGCUUUUCACUGAGUUUCUCUUCAUAUUCAGGAAAUUUCAUGUUUCUUCAUUUUGUUUUUUAUGAUUUAAUCUAUAAAAUAAAGUAUGUAGCGUUUUUUUUGUUUCUUUCUUUCAGCUGUGACAAAUCCAACAAAAUUCAAACCUCAACUUUACAACUUUUCCAAAUGGACCUAUUUCCAGAGCAGGUGUAUUUACUGUGGAGACAUUAGCUCAUGUUCAGUGUGCGAGAGUUUCUGUGGAACCUCUCUGAUCACGUUCACAUCACCGUUUUGUUUGUUUGUUUGUUUUUCUGCCCACUUUCUGUUUUUGUUUUUGAAUCAAACUAUUUAUGGCAUCUUUUCUUUUCUUCACUUAAACUGUGAAUUUUAUAUAAAAAUGUAAAACAAAAAACACAAAAACGUGAUGUAAAUGUUCACUUGGUUCUUUGAUAGAAAUAAAGUUGACUUUUUCAGA